AUGGCAAGUGCCAGUCAUUCAUCGGCGCCUGGCGCGGAAACAUCCGAUGCCGCGGGCCCUGUCAGGAAGCGCAACGUCAUGAUGGCUGGGUUAGACAGCUCUCCUGGCAGCGUGGACGAUGUCGAGGAGGGUGAUGCGCGGGAGGAAAGAAGGCGACAGCCCGUGAAGAGGGCGUGCAAUGAAUGUCGCCAGCAGAAACUACGGUGCGAUGUGAUCCAGGACCCGUGGACUGAUUGCUCUCGAUGUCGCCGCCUAAAGCUCGACUGCAAGAUUGAAUCAAAUUUCAAACGAGUUGGAAAGCGGAGCCGGAAUGCAGAGAUGGAGCGGGAGAUCAUUGAACUGCGGAAACAGAUCGCCAGUGUACAAGCAAACGGAGGCGUACUACCGCAGCAACCUCCUAUACCAUCGUCUAUGCCCACCGCGCAGCAUACGCCGAAACAAGAAGCAUCCAAUCAGGUCAGCCCCGCGGUAUACAACACGCCAUCGAUGUCUUCCGACCACUAUAUGGGCUCUCACGAAGCUGUCGCAUCGCUUUUGGAUUUGCGCUCAGGAUUCGACGGCUCCAACUAUAUGAGAAACGGCAGUCAUCACUUCAAGCGCAUCGAAGAUGUCAUUGUCGUUCCAGAGCGCGUUACGGAGCUAUUUGAUUUAUUUUUUACAUUCUACCACCCCUUCCUUCCGUUCCUUGACCGAAAGCAGUCUCCGGAAGAUUACCAUAAAGCGUCGCCAUUGCUAUUCUGGACCAUCAUCAGUGUCGGCGCUCGCCGUUACCAGACCGAUACUCAACUUCUCAACUCCCUUGCCGGCCCCGUUUCACGAUUGGUGUGGAGUACGCUGGCGGACAUCCCACAAAGCUACCAUGUCGUGAAGGCCUUGUGUUUGCUUUGCUCAUGGCCCUUUCCCACAAGCAGCACGUCCACAGACCCGACAUUCAUGCUCUGCGGCAUGAUGAUGCAGGUCGCUAUGCAACUCGGCCUUCAUCGCCCGUCGCAUACGCAAGAUUUCAGCAAAUUCCGGGUGGAACUCAUCGAGGAAGAAUUGAGGGAUAAAGUGAGAACGUGGGCAGUGUGCAAUAUUGUUGCACAGCGAGUUGCUACGGGAUAUGGACAGCCUCCGUCAACAUUAUACGACUGGACACUGUCUUCGAGUGACUCCAUGGACGCCAAUUUCAAGUUGCCUGAAGAUAUCUGGCCCCGAUUAGAGAUUGAAAAGUUUUGUGACAAGGUCACAAAGGCUCUUUAUACUAACCGACGAGACCCUGUUGGGCUAUGCAGUGAUCAAGAACGGUCGACGCUGAUUUCCUUCUUGUCGAGGGAUUUCGAUGAACUCGAGGUUCUGCUGAAACCGCAGAACGACUGUAUCACGGAUCUGUACCUGCGCGCAUCCAAUCUCCACCUCCACUUGUCGGCAUUCUUCGAUGAUACUACCGCCAAGGAUUAUCGCGAACGCCUACUUGCGCUCUACGUUGCGACUACGACAUUCUUAGAGGCUGCCAUGAAUUUGGAAACAGCGGUUGGCCCUGUGCUAUCGUAUACCCCCUAUUAUAUUUACCAAAUGCUGGUUGCCGGAGGAUGUACUCUUCUGAAGCUUUGCAAGAGCUUCUUUGCAGCACAUAUCGACAUGGAAUACGCCAAGAGCCUCUUCAACCGAACAAUAUGGGCGAUUCGAGGGGUGUCUGUCACGACUAAUGAUCUUCCUGAGCGCUUGGCCGAGGUACUAGCCCAGAUGUGGAGGUUGGGAGGUGGGCCCUCACCGAAACCACCUACCGACAAUGCGGACGUCGACGAUUCUUUGAUGCUCAAGGUGCGAUGCCGCAUGAGCAUGUCGCUCCUUUACGACUCGGUGUGGCGGUGGCGUGAGGAUGCCCGCACUAAGGGUCGCAAUAUCGAAGCGUAUCUUAAAAAUCCGACGAAUCCGGAUUCCAAUGCUGAGUCUUCUGCUUCAUCGUCUGUCGGCGCUCUGCAGCCCGCGUCAACGACCCCGGGAGUGGCAGGAGGAGAUCCUAGCCUUGCUCCGGCGCCCAUGCUUACACAGGCCAGCAUGGGGGUCGGUGCAUUGCCAAGUGGGUUCAUGGAGCCUAAUUAUGAGGUGUUCGACCCAUUGAAUUGGCUGCUCGAUGGGCUCGUCGACUUACCGUACUCUUAUUCCACCAUGUCUGGGAUGGAAGCUCAAGGCAUCGCGUAG